CAUCGCGUCCAGCUGCAACAACCCAGUUCGUUGUCUAUAGUGCGUGGUGAGAUUUAAUAUUGAAUACACAUACAUACAUAUAUUAUUAUUGUUGUGAAGGACUGUGUUAAGCAUAAAACUGUGGUGUCAGUUGACCAGUGACUUCUUCACCGUCUGCUUGAAGGUAAAUUCAAUUUUCAACGAAGAUGAUCGAGACGAUUUCGAGAAAAUUAAAUAAAAUGAAAACAGAGGACAAACAUAACAUGCCUAAAGUACGUGUUGCAGUGAUAGGAAAAUCCAACGUAGGCAAAUCAGCUCUCACAGUCAGAUACUUGACCAGAAGAUACAUCGGCGAGUACAGGAGCAACACCGAUCUCCUUUACCGCCAGACCCUGACGAUUAACAAUACGGCCCUCGAUGUGGAGAUCGUGGACGUUUGCAGCUGCGACAUGCAAGUGUUUCCCGAAGAGGCGAUCUAUUGGGCCGACGCCUGCGUCGUCGUCUACGACAUCACCUGCAGAACAUCCUUCCAACAGGCCACCGACAUGCUGCAAAGAGUGCUCCAGCUCAGGACCCAAAUACCCACUGUACUGCUCGGAAACAAGGCCGAUCUCGAACACUUAAGACAGGUCGAGGAGAUGGAGGGCAGAACGUUGGCGGUCAAGCACAACGUGCAGUUCCACGAGGUGUCGGUGGCCGAAAACUCGCAGGCGAUCUACUCGUCCUUCGAUCACAUCCUGAACCUGUGCCGUUCGGUGCAGUCCACCCAGAAGACGAGGAAGUUCUCCGUUUCGAAAAUGCUGGGCACCCUCAUCGGCAACGCCAACAGCAAAGUGAUACCCAACCCCAAUCAAGGCGGCACCGUGGUCGUGUGCCACAAAUCCGACCUGUACAAGUCGCGGGUGCUCAGACGGAGGCAGAACUUCACCGCCACCGCGUCCCUCUGACUAUCGGCCAAGGAGGAGCAGGAGGCUCGUUAAUUUUGUUCUUGUUUUUUGGCCGCCAGUCGCGGUCGAAGGUUCUCACUUUUAUUUUUCUCAGUUGUAUGGGAAACGAUGAUAUUAUUGGGCAGAAGAGCGAUUUUAUUUUACAAAAUUGUUUCGAUCUCCGUUUAAUUUUUUCUUGUUGUUGGACGAGGGGAUUUGUCUGUGCGUUGGCACGUUUUAGCAAAAUAUUUACUACUACAAUUGUACAUCACUGAUAUAUUCUGUGUAUCGAAAUUAACUGUUUAAAAUAAGGCGACUUGCCAAAAUUACUUGGUUUUAUAAUAUUUUGCAAUAAGAUAAUUUAUAAAACAGCACUUGAAUGUGUUAUUUUAUAAAUUGUAAUAAUUUAACUUUAAUAAUAGUUGUAAUUUUUAUACCCUUUUCAAUAUUGUAUGUUGCCAAACUAUUUAAAAAUUUGUAACUCUUAAUGGAUAAACACAGAAGAGUGUAUUGAUAUAAAAUUGUGAUUGUGAGAUUUUUCUCUUUUAAAACGUUCAGUGAUAUUAUAGAUCCGAUUUGUGUUUAUCCAUUAAAUCAUCCUCUAUGUAAGUUAAUGUUAAUAGUAGACCAAAUAUUUAAUAAUAUUGUGUGUGCUAAAAAGGCUGUGAUAAGUAACUGUCUUUGAAUAUUUAAGUUCAUUUUCGAUACUUCAUUCAAAGACAUAGUUACAUCAAAUAAAUUUAUAUUAUAUAUGUA